AUGGCUGCUCCGGCCCUUGUCGCGGGUGAUUUUCUGGUGAGCUCCCUCACCACUCCCAGCAGACUGUUUGCAAGUGCUAAUAAUAUCCAAGGGUGGUCCUGGUACCGGUGCCCUAGGUGGUCCACCAAUACAACAUGCAGCGGAUACUGCUAUGGCAUGCACAUAUACCCUAUCUUGGGCAAGGAGUUACUUGAUGAUGAGUCCAGCAAAUCGAGCAAGUCGAGCAAGUCGGGCAGCUCGAUGCACACCGACUACGAGGUAUGGCGGCGGUGGGAGGACUGCCUAUGGUUUCAAGACCUCCUCGAGUCGGAGUAUGGCUUGAUGGCGCGCACGAAGCGGCAGCGUCUUGCCGCGGGCAAAGGGAUCAAGAAGAACGGUGUCUAUAUUCACUCUGACCAGGCGGCGUCCUUCGAGUCGCUUCCGCCCGGUCCCGAGGCGAACAGCAUCGCGAAGGACAUCCACGAGAUCGUGCCCAAGCUGACGAAGAAGGGCACCAUCUUCCGCGCGAGCCAGUCGACGAUCGACCAGCGCGGUCGCGAGUUCAAGGCAAUGAUCGAUUCGCUCUGGAGUGACGAGUUACCGACAUUGAUGAAGGAGCUGCGCGACACGCGUGCAGUUCGCGACUUCUUUGGAUACUGGCGCCGCGAUAUAGAUCACGACAAGAAGCUCAACCCGCAUCUCACAUCGAGCGGCGAUGACAAGCGCGUCUCGCACCGCGGUUCGCUGUCUAUCCCUUCGCCUGUACGCAAGGUUGAGGAUGCGCGGCCAACCAGCGCGCGGAGUUCAACCGGAUCUACGUCCUCGCUUUGGUUGGCACGCAAGCCAUUCCUCGCGAAGGGUGCGGAGACGCGCGUGGGCAUCGAAGAGGUGCCGUUUGUGCUCAUGGGCGAUGGUGCUCACCAUACGUUGCAAUCGCUCCCUGAAGACAGCGAGCUCGUCGAGCCAAUGAACGAGCUCAGUAUCCAAGCGCCACGGCCCCCACGGCGGGUGCGCAUUAGCUCAUGUCCUGACCCAACGAAUCGCAAUUGUGUGAUCAUCGAAGGGGACGGGGACACAGACGGGGACGAAGAUGUACAUACGGUGUACGACGACGACGCGUCGGCGAUGACAGUAUCGCCCUCAUCGCGGCCGUCAUCUCUCACGCCGUCGAUGCUGUCCGACUUCUCGACGCCCUCAUCUUGGCGUACAUCGAUCGCGUCAGAGUUCAGCAUCGCGACGGCCAUGUCAAGCUUCCCGCCAGACCCGUGUGCUGACGAGCGUACAGUGAAUGGCCAUUUGGCGCGUUACGUCCCGUCGAACCCCGCGCGGGCGUCGAUCGCGACGAUCAAUUCGCUCAUGUCGGGUACGUCCGUGGAUGCGGUGCUCCCGCGCAAAUGGUCGCCCCCACCAACAAAUGGCCUGCGGCGCUCACUGUCGGCUGGGUCACGGCGGCGGCCAGAGAGCUCCCUGUCGAUGAUCCCUAUCCCAACGGAGGAGAUGUGGGACGGGCAGCAGGAUGAUUUCGUAGACGCAUAUUUCUAUGAUCCUACUCUGCGUUCAGCCUCACCCGACGAGUCUGUAUACAGCUCGGACCAGGGCGACGAGUACACGCAUUUCAACAUGCAGCCGUCGUCUCCUGACCGAUUCCCCAAGUCAUUCCAAGACAGACCGCCUGCGCAGUUCCACCUGCCAUUCUCUGCGCAGGCAUCCAGUUCUCCCACAUCUGCCGCAUACAGUCUCACGAGCCCUACGGGGCCAGAGACGUUCGCGGUGAAAGUGAUUCUUGACGACUCGAUCGUGCUCCUGCGCGCUACCUACUCUAUGUCAUUCCUUGAAAUCCGCGAGCGCAUCCGCGAGAAGUUCGCCAAGCACGAGGGUUUGAAGCUGCCCGAAACCUUCGUAAUCGCGUACCUGCCACCGAACGACCGAGCGCGGGUGGCGGCACAAAGUCGGGCUCGCUCGAACUCAUGCUCGACAUUUGGAGGGGACCAAGCGCAACCGCUGCGCUAUAUUUCUUCUGACGAGGAGUGGCAAACUGCCAUCGCGAGCUCAGCUGCAAAGCUGACCAUCCGAAUUUUCCAUGCGCGGUUGUAGGUCCACUUAUCCCCUGGAAUUUGCAUGGUCUGUCUUCUCUUC